ACAUUUUUUUUGUUACAAACCUAUUUUAGCUUUAUCUUUCAAAAUUAAUAGCUUAGAAAAAUCUGAAAAUUGCAAAACAUCGAAAAUUGACAAUAAAUUACAACCGAACGUAAACACACAGCACAGAUCGAUGCCCAUUUGACGACUUGAUUAUAUAGGAUUAGCAACCGCCAGUUUUAAAUCGAUUUACAGUUAAAAAAUUCGUCAAAAUGUUUCCAAAUUACUGCUUUACGAAGUCGGCUAGACAGUCGGGCUAUGAUGUUAUAAGAAGAGGCUAUUCCACCAAGGAUCACAUCCAGCGUAGCAGCGGUCGCAAUUCAGCAGCCGGCGAAAAGACACGAAAUCGAUCGGAAAUCAGGUUCUCUGCUGAGAACAAACGACCUAAACACCAGAGGAAUUUUUCGAAAUCCCGCUCCUCUCGGGAUAAGGAUUCGUCCUCCAGAAGUGUGGCAUUCCGGCUGACACCCGUCGAUUGCCAGAGUAAAAAGACAAUACGUGAAACAGCCGGCGACGAUCGCCAGAAGGAUAAAAUGUCCUACAAUGCCAGCAACGAUCCCAAUCGCGACCUGCAGGAAUCCUUCGCCGACUUCUUCAGCAUCAUUCACGACAAUGUCCUGGAGUCGGUGCAGGAGGCCGUUCAGCGAAUGGUGUCCAAGUGCUUCGAGGAGUCAUUGACCAAGAUGGAGCGACUAUCCAAUGAGCUGGAGCAGCAGAAAACUCUACUCAACAAAAUCCAUCGUGAUGUCACCAGCAAAAUAAGCGCUCAGAGUGAAACGAACUUGAACCAAUUCAAGUUUGUUACACAAAUGCUCAUCGACAACCAAACAGUGCACUACAGAGCGCUCAAUCAGGCGAAGGUGAACAAGCAACGGCGCAAGGAGGAGCGGGAUUUGGAGAAGGACCGGAAACAGGAGCGGGAACGGAAGCGGAAGUGCGGCUGCCAGGAGGUUCAGAACGCAGAACGUGUUAGACGCUGCAGGAGUUCCAGUCCAGACCUCUCGAAAAGAAGCACUGGUGACGAUGCAUCGGAAUUCAUGCCCAAAUCUCCACAGCACCAAUUGUGCCAGCAGCAGGCGCCUCUGGUUUAUCAAAUGUGCACCUCGUGCACUAAUCAGGAACCUAUGACCAGAAGCCAAAGAACUUCGCGGUCGUCAUCGAAACAUACAAAUACGCCGGUUUUGCAAAGGCGAUCCACUUCUUACAGCAUGCCGGAUCUCUCCGGUCGCACUUCGUCCAUUUCCGGGCGGUUCUCUCAACCACAACCCUCUUCAAGGACUUGCCUAUGCCGAUCCUUGAGCAACAGGCAAGAUCAGAUUGUCUGCCUUCCGGCCAUGACCUAUCCGCCCUACGUCCGCAAUGUUCCGAUACCCCGGCGAAGGUUAGUUCACCGUAAAAAAUGUGGAAUUGGUCAGUCAGAUGGCAAAUAGUGCUACUACAUUAUUUAUAUUUCGUUUUACAAGUCUGGUAUGCCAACCAGUUGCACUACAUGGGUAAUGAAUCCUUCGCUUUUGAAAUUCUUAUCAUGUUUUGCAACUGGCAGCUUUAACAGAAAGCCAAAAUUAAGAAAAUGAUCUUAAGAUAUGUGCACAAGUUUUACGCGGCUUAAAGGAAUACAACAAAAAAUAUUUAAGUACUUAAGUAAAGAAAAAAUGGUUUAAAAUAAAUAUGUAUUAGUUCAGUUGUAUUAGGUUUACAAGCCUCUUUAAAAACCGAAUAUUGAAAGUAUUUAACAAAAUAAAGAAAUUUAAAGUA